GUGAAAUCAUCAAUUCGUUGACGAUUGGUUUUUCUCUCUCAGUCAACCAUAACAACCAAACUAGGAGAAGUCGUAUAGGAUAUUUGUCUUUAUUGAGGGAAACCAUCAGCAGGUAAACUGGACUUUACAGAUACCCACUCAGACAUGUCUUAUGUCUUUAUCAAUGAUUCAUGCCAGACAAAUGUCCCGCUGCUGCAAGCCUGUAUUGAUGGGGACCUGAACUACUCAAAGCGCCUCCUCGAAAGUGGCUUUGAUCCUAACAUCCGGGAUAACCGCGGCCGUACAGGGCUGCAUCUGGCCGCCGCCCGGGGGAAUGUGGAGAUCUGCAGGCUUCUUCACAAGUUUGGGGCUGAUCUGCUUGCCACCGACUACCAGGGCAACACAGCUCUCCACCUCUGUGGCCAUGUGGAUACCAUCCAGUUUCUGGUUACCAAUGGACUCAAAAUUGACAUCUGCAAUCACAAUGGUGCCACCCCCCUGGUGCUGGCAAAGCGCAGGGGAGUGAAUAAGGAUGCAAUCCGCUUACUGGAGGGCCUGGAAGAGCAGGAGGUGAAGGGGUUUAACAGAGGAACCCACUCCAAACUGGAGACCAUGCAGACUGCAGAGAAUGAAAGAUACUUAGAGACCCUCUUAUCCAAUUCUGACGAAACCUGUGCGAUGGAGAGCCACUCCCUGCUCAACCCCAACCUGCAGCACAGUGAAGGCGUUCUCUCCAGCUUUCGCACCACCUGGCAGGAGUUUGUGGAAGACCUGGGCUUCUGGAGAGUGCUGCUGCUCGUUGUGGUCAUCGCUCUCCUGUCCCUUGGCAUCGCCUACUAUGUCAGUGGAGUGCUUCCCUUUGUGGAAAACCAGCCCGAAUUAGUGCAUUAGGGGGUGCUUGAAAGGACCAGCUUCUCACUAUUAGAACAGCAUUCUUUCAUUUACUUUCUUUGCAGCAUGUAUUAGGAGCCAAUGUGUUGAGCUCACAGUGUAGGACUCUGACAUUGUGUAUGACUCACAUCGGUUACAAACACUGCAUAAUGAUCACCUCUUCUAUAACCCACGUCUCUUAUAGGCUGUGCUACACCAUUGUGUACUAUGUAGAAUGUUAUAACCAACGCACAUGUAUAAAACAUGCAGGAAAUUCUCCUAAAAUAUGUAAGUGUGUGUAUGUGGGGUCCUAAUAUCUGCUUCACAGGAGGUUAAGGUGAGUGUGGUGGCAUUUUACUGCACACAGAACAAAUUAACAAAUCUUUAAUAAUAUGCAACUUGUGAGAAUGUUGAUCUAAUAAGGUUAGAACAUUAUUUAAAAGGCUUGGUUAUUAACCGUCAAAAGCAAUCAAGUAACCAAGGCAUAUAAAAACAUCCUAUCUGUCAUUAGCAUAGCUUUCUCACAUGUCCUUUGCUGUUUUACUGUUGAACUUUGAUUUUCCAGACUAGCUUUGAGUCAGGUGAAGCCCAUUUAUCCUCGCCCCAUUAAUAACCCACUUUUUGACACCCACAUAUUGUCUUGAAGCCAGUAUAGAACUUCUGUAAGGCUCAGGUAGGACCCUGUUACCUGUAACACAGGAAGGAAGUGGAAUUAUGGUGUUGUGGUUAAGAACAUAAGAACAUAAGAAAGUUUACAAA